UAACCAUAACAACGCGACUCAAUAAACAAAUGCCACACACAUACACACUCAUACACACACACAUCAAGACACCCUGAGACUUAAUGCGGCUAUUCAAAUAAUAGUAACUACAAAAAUAGAACAGACACACACUCAACACGGUGGUACAACCCUCGCGGAAUUGUGUCAAUAGUCAGAUACACCCCAAAAAUAAAGUGCAGCCAGUUGAGCGAGGACUUCGAAAGGAAACGCACUUAGCUCUGCGAUCGAAACGAUGUUUCCACAGGCCGAAUUGGAGAAUUACAAAUUGCAGGUUGAACUGCUGCAGGAGAAAUUGCAACGCAGUGAGGACAAUCGCCAGCAAUUGGAGCACAAACUGGACAAAGUUCUACAAAAGCGUCACGAACUUGAUAAAUCUGUGCGUCAGCGGAACCGUCAAAAGUAUCAAGAAUUUCUCGAUGAGCAGAGCAAACGUAAUGAGAGGAACAGAAAGUUAGUCCAAAUGCUGGAACGUGUCGAUGAACAAACGGCCAUCAUGUCACAGCGUAGUGAACGGCUUAAAAUGAUGAAGCUGCAAUAUCAAAUGUACUUUGCGAAAUUGGUACAGAAUCAAACAUUGCGUUGCAUACAGCACACACAGGUGCCUCCAGGUGUUGUGGCAGCUGCUGGUGUUGGCAUGGGCGUUGGCGUUGGCGUCGGUGGGGGGAAUAUGGCGACGAUUCCUGUGAUAUUGCAACCGCAGGCCAAUGCUGGACAGGCGACAACUGCAGGUGGAGUAACUGGACAGCCAUGGACAUUUGCCGCCAUGCCAUUUGGCCAGCCUCAACAGGCGGUGUUAACACCACAGUUUGCCACACCAACUACAACUGUCAUGCCAUCUGCUCCUGCUCCGGCUACCGCUGCCGCUGCUGCUGCUCCUCCUCCUCAUCUUCAUCCGCAUCAUUCUUCUAUGCAGGCAACCCAGCCCAUAUAUUAUCCUGAGCUUUAUGGUGGAGUCCCAUUGGCCACUUCCAACUUGUUUGAUCUGCGCGCCACAUUGCGCGCCUUUGAUAAUGAGAAUGCCGAUUUGCCCGACCGAAUGGCAACACGCUUCAAUAUGGAAGCAGCAUCUGAAGCGCUGACAGGUGAUUAUCGGCCUGAGCCACUCCCAACUACAGUAGCAACACCAACAACAACCGCCUCCUCCUCGGAUACAGGCAGAGACAAAGGUGUGCGGCAACUGAGCAGCACAUCCUCAACUCUGGCCACAUCCUCGUUGACAUUUGAUAAAUUGCCAAAGACGUCGUCGCCCACGCUAACCCUGACUGAGUUGCCGCCUGCGACUGGCUUUACUCCUGGUCCUGGUUCUAGCUUUGGCCCUGGUUCUGGGCAACCGCAAAUGCCACCACACUCCGAUCGACUCGAGGAACACAACCAACAACAACAGCAAGCUGCCUGGACAAAUUCACGCGUGACUAAAGUCGAGCAUGAAAAAUCACCAAAUGUCGUUGGCCAUAAUGAGCAGCCAGCAGGACUAGGACCAGGCCAACAGCAUCAGCAACAGCAGCCGCAGUCGAACAAUUUUCAAGCAUACUUUAGUGAGAUGAAAAUCGAUGAGCCAACCGAAGAUAAACGUGAACUAAACGUGCGUACGGGAAUGGGAACGGGCAUGGGAAUGGGAAUGGGUAUGGGUACGACAAGACCUACCGAACUUGGCAUCAGCAACGAUUUGCUUGAGGAAGUAAAAGCCAGUCGAGCGGCUUUAGAGAUGGCAGCGGCUGCGGUUGAUGAGCAGCUAGCUAGAGGUAAUCAAUUGUCGCCACCCUCUGCUGGUGGUGGUGGUGGUGGCCUCAUGGACGAGUUAAAACCAGAGGCUCGUCUGUCGAUUGAGAAUAUUGAAAAUGCCAUUUACGGUGAACGUUUGACAGCAGCAGCGGCAACGCAUCCGCCACCCACGCAGGGAUUAUUGGAAAAUUUGGUGACCAACAAGCGGACGUCAGAGAAAGGAGAGAGGGAGAGGGAGAGAAAUGCUGCUGAUACUGCGGUGGCUGGACUGGCUGAACCCCUCGAUUAUGGGCAAUAUGAAACGGCCGGUUAUAGCGAACCAAUGGAACCAAUUUAUGCCAGCAUCGAUUCGAACCAACAGCCUGCUGUUGAAGCUGUUCCUACUCCUGCUGCUGCUGCUGCUGGGGCAACUGUCGAGCCGCUUUACAGUGAAAUCGGAAAUCCCACAGACUAUCAACAGUAUGGAGCGGAAGGCAAUGCUGCCGCAUCGGUAGCAGCUGAAACUGCCGCCUCAGAGGCCUCAGUGUCCGCGCAAGAAUACUCGAAUAUUGAUUAUGGUAACUAUGAGACAGACCAGUAUGCCGCUGCCGGCUAUGAUCCCAAUGCCUAUCCGGGCUACAUAUACGAUGAGGCAACUGGCCAAUAUAUAGCCGAUCCCAAUGCUGGGCCAUAUGCGGCGGAUGGCAGCUAUGCUGGCCAGGAAUACGAUGCGAAUGUUGCGAAUUAUGACUACAAUGCUUAUGCUGAACAGCAACAGCAGCAGCAACAGCAACAACAAUUACUCGGUGAGCAACAGGAAGGCUAUCCUAUGACUGAAAACACAAACAACCAACUACAAACUGAGAUGGAGUCAAGCCAACCACCAGCAACAACAACACCUCCAGCCAUCGCCACCCCCACCAACAGCAAUGAGGCGACUGUUAGUAGUCCUCCAGUUGCCGCCUCCAAACCGCCUGUCAAACCCACAUCGAUACUCUCGUCGACAGACAAACAAGUGCCGACUAAUGAUGCGCAGCAGCAGCUAAAGAAGAAGAAGCGCGUUAAUUUUGUUGACAGCAGCGAAACGGAUGAUAGCUCAAGCGCGAAACCAGCGCCGCCGGUUGCUGUGACUCCAUCAUCAUCAGCAUCACCAUCAGCAUCGGCAGCAACGGGAGCAGCUCCAUCUCAGCCGGCUCCAGUUCAAGCUCCCGCUUCUGCAUCAACUCCUGUCAUGGAAGGAGGAGCAGGAGUUACUGCUGCUGGUGGAACGGGUGCUGGCAGCGAGAGUGAUUUCGAUUUCUCAACAGGCAGCGAGGCGAAGAAUUAGAACAAGUUGAUCACAACAAAAAACACACAGGAAAAGAAGGAAAAGGAGAAUUUCAAGCUCUAAUUUGCUGCCAUUUGGGUUAACCAAUGGAGCAACCAAUCGAGCAUUUCCAUUCAAAGUGACCGCUUUCAAUUUAUUGCCAUUGCAUUUCUCUCUCUCUCUCUCUCUUUCUCUCCUUCGCUUUUGCUCUCUUUCUUGUGUCGUGGAGUAAAACGAAGUAAAUGAAAACUUUCCCGCUUAUUGGAAACUCUAAAUAAAUAAAAAAGGAAGACUAUUUCAACUUUUUCUCAUUCUCUUCAGGAUGAGGUGAUUGAACGCGCAUUUU